GUGGUAGCUGUUCUCUUCUCCAACGGUCCCAAAUCCCAAUCCACCAUUCUCACAGAGCUCGCUCGCCUGCACCAAAUCUCUUCCUCCCUCGCCCUCCUCCCCCUGUACCCUGUUCGCCUGCGUCCAGAAUCCCACCUCUCCUCGCAAGCCACACUGCCAAAGGCGACCCGUGCGCCACCGCCGGCCUGAGCGAUGGCCCGCCUCUACUCAACCGCAGAGAAAGAGAUCCCUUCUGCUCUGUGGCGUUCGGCCAUGCCCCGCAUCUACUCAAUCGCAGGGAUCCCGUCUGCUCUCUGGCGCUCUUCCUCAGGCACCCGUCCGCCUGCACGCUCCGCCGUCCGAUGGCCCUUUGGCUGCUGUUCCAACGAGUCCGCUCGCGCGCGACAAGGAGCGUGAGCGGGGAACUUGCCGUCGCAGACUGCACCGGCGCGGCAUCCCUUUGGCUCUACCGGGGCGCCCCUGACCAUGCUCGCGUCCCCGCCUCAUAAGGUUCGCGGCUGACACGGCCGGAAGCUACCUCCCCCCCUGCAACAUUCUUACAUCAAACGCCACCCUUCCCCCGGCUUGGCGCAGCCGCGCAUGCCGCUGAUACCUCGUAUAUCUCCUUCCCUGCGAUUGCAGUUAGCUCCUAUAAAUAUUUCACCACCGCCUCCCCGCCCCUCCUCCACACCCCUACGCCAUCCAUCCAAAGAACCACAACACCCAGCACAAACUAGACUUCCCCAAACUUAGUUAGUCUGCGCCUCCAAUCCGGGAUCGGAACUCCUGCCGAGAGUCCGCUGCAAGAAAAUCCUGAGCACCCAAGACCCUGCAGAAGGAUCCUGCCAAGACUGCUUCGCAAGAUCAUCUUCUCCAGCAGCAAGAAUCUGCAGAGAUAUCCUAGAUCAGCUUCCCGAGCAGCAAGAACCUGCAGAGAUUCUGCAAAGACUCGGAAGCAAGAUCAGCUUCCCGAGCAGCAAGAACCUGCAGAGAUUCUGCAAAGACUCGGAAGCAAGAUCAGCUUCCCGAGCAGCAAGAACCUGCAGGAACCAGGAGCGACCAUGCUCAUGCUGAGACUACGUAGCAAGAGCAGCAACACCCGCAAGAACUUCCAGGAGCCAGGGCGGAUCAUGCUUAUGCCGAGACUACGUAACAAGAACCGUGUCUGCACCAGUUUCCGCGCCCGCAAGUCCAACAUCAAGAUUGCCCCACGCGAUCAAAUUCAUAGCCCUGAUGCAGCGGUAUCGGCUUCAAGAACGGCCGAUGUGCCUCACACCUGUCCGCCCGUGAACAAGAGCAAACAUCAAGAGCAUAUGCUUCUGUCAAUUGUUCAGGGUGCGCCAGUAGAGCUUAUACCAAGAGAAAGGUUCUUCAAUCCCAAGUCACUUCCAAAUUGGCUCUAUAACAAAGAACUGCAAUCUUUCAAGUCCUAUUUCCAGAAUCCUGCCACCCCAUCGAAUGAGCGAAGUUGGAUGCAAGAAGCUGGUGUGGAGACAGUAAGCUAUUCCAAAGCUAAUCGGAAGAAAGCGAGGGCUCAGAGAACGGCCCGCAGUUUCCUACUUAUUAAUCUAGGGAUACCAAAGAUCUUGAAGCAACUGUUGAACUCAAGCCAUGUCCUUGGGAAUGAAUGGAGUGCAAUUAACGUUCUUGCAGAUUCAGCAAAACUGGUUGCUCGCAGAAAGUAUGUUUUGGCAACUGACAAUGAAACAAUCGCAGUUCUACUCAUCAGGUUGCUGACUGGGCGUAAUGGACACACAAAGCUGAAGCUGUUAGAUUUACUUGCCACCCUUGCUAAAGUCUACGAGAGCAAAGUGCUAAUCGCCAAGUUAGGAGGCUUUCGUAUCCUGACAAAAGCUAUGCUUCUGGGAGACACUAACUUGGACAUAAAAAGGAAGACAAUUCAGCUACUGAGCUCGCUAUGCGAGGCUAAGGAAAAUAUCGGAUGCUUCUUGAAGGACGCAGUAGGAGAAGCUGUGCUACAAGAGUUGGGAAGACAUGGCGCUCAACUCAUUGAGGAGUUCAGCGUGCUGGCAUCAGCUGUAAGGUCACCGAUCAUUCUAGGACGAUUCAUAAACUCGAUUCAUAUCCUGCAAGAGGGACCUCGUGCAAGUGAGGUUCAUCAUACAGCUAUAUCGCUCAUUCAGAUAGAAUUAGAUGGCUUGUCUGAUGAAUCACUGUAUGGCACCAGCACUGGCUGGGACUGGUAAAUCCCACUGGCCUGACGUAUGAGCUUAGUGGUGUGCCGGCUAUUUCUGAUAUCUGUUUUGUAACAUACAAUCCCGAAGCUAACAGUUUCAGUGUAAAGUGACAUUUU